CCAAGGCAUUUCGUAAAAGGGACUUAAAAAAAAAAAAUACUGAGAAGACAAGAGGUCUGAAGAGCAUCUACUUCAAACACUCAUUAAUUGAGCCUGGUAAAUGAUAACCCCUUUGUGACUACUGUUUGUCGGAUGUUUCUGCAGAUAUCCAUCCUUGGCAAGAUGUCAGAAGAACCUUUCCCUGGGGUGAUUGAAGAGACAAGCCCCCUUUACCUUGAGAGGUGGGAGGGACUAAGCAAGACAGAGUAUUUAAGGAAGAAAAACCAGAAGUCCCAGGAAGAAUUUUAAUAAGCAGCAUCAUGUUCUCUGAAAGGACCAACUAAAUCUUCUCCAAAGCUAAGAACUGAAACUACUCUGGUAAAGCUAAAUAUUCUCUUUAUCAUCAUCACUUGUAAAAAAAACAAGCAAUGCCACCCCAAGUGCAAACACGAAUGAAUGCCACUCCAAAAGUGGUCCAAGGGGACUUGAAGAGCUUGGCACCCAACGUGAGAAACUUCAUUGAAAGCAAUGCCAAGCUGUGCCAACCAAAGGCCAUCCAUAUCUGUGACGGAUCAGAGGAUGAGAACAAAAAGAUCUUGGAGCUGAUGGUGGAACAAGGCAUGAUCAAGAAGCUUAAGAAAUAUGAAAAUUGCUGGUUAGCUUGCACAGAUCCAAGGGACGUGGCCAGAAUUGAAAGCAAAACUGUAAUUGUGACUCCAGAGCAGCGAGACACCAUCCCGAUCCCCAAAAGUGGAGUGAGCCAGCUGGGACGAUGGAUGUCGGAGGAAGACUUUGAGAAAGCCUUCAGAAUCAGAUUCCCUGGGUGCAUGGAAGGUCACACCAUGUAUGUCAUUCCAUUCAGCAUGGGACCGAUUGGUUCUCCUUUAUCCAAGUUUGCGAUUGAGCUGACUGAUUCGCCUUAUGUGGUGGCCAGUAUGAAAAUUAUGACUCGUAUGGGAACAUCUGUCCUAGAGGCUCUGGGUGAUGGAGAAUUUGUAAAAUGCCUCCAUUCGGUUGGGUGCCCUUUACCCUUAAAAAAGCCUCUAGUGAAUAACUGGCCAUGCAAUCCAGAUAUGACGUUGAUUGCUCACAUCCCUGAUCACAGGGAGAUCAUUUCAUUUGGAAGUGGCUACGGUGGAAACUCCCUUCUAGGAAAGAAGUGCUUUGCUCUCAGGAUUGCCAGCAGGAUUGCCAAGGAAGAAGGUUGGCUUGCAGAGCACAUGCUGAUUUUAGGAAUCACAAAUCCAAAAGGUGAAAAAAAAUACUUUGCAGCAGCUUUUCCUAGCGCAUGUGGAAAAACCAACCUGGCUAUGAUGAAUCCAUCUUUGCCAGGGUGGAAAGUGGAAUGUAUUGGAGACGAUAUUGCUUGGAUGAAAUUCGAUGACAAAGGUAAUUUAAGAGCCAUCAAUCCAGAGAAUGGCUUUUUUGGAGUUGCUCCUGGAACCUCUAUGAAAACCAACCCCAAUGCUAUGAAGACAAUAAAAAAGAAUACCAUCUUCACCAAUGUAGGAGAAACUACUGAUGGAGGCAUAUAUUGGGAAGGUAUUGAUCAGGAGCUUCCAUCAGGAGUCACACUCUUAUCUUGGAAAAAGAAAAAAUGGACUGCCGAGAAUGAGGAGCCUUGUGCUCAUCCCAAUUCCCGAUUCUGCUGUCCGGCUAGCCAGUGUCCUAUCAUUGAUCCUGCCUGGGAAAAUCCAGAAGGAGUCCCAAUUGAAGGCAUCAUAUUUGGAGGACGGAGACCUGAAGGUGUGCCUCUAGUUUAUGAGGCUUUUAACUGGCAGCACGGAGUAUUCAUUGGUGCAACAAUGAGAUCAGAAGCAACAGCCGCUGCUGAAUAUAAAGGAAAGAUCAUCAUGCAUGAUCCUUUUGCCAUGAGACCUUUCUUCGGGUACAACUUUGGCCAAUAUCUUUCCCACUGGCUCAGCAUGGCACAUCGGCCUACAGCAAAACUUCCAAAGAUCUUCCAUGUCAACUGGUUCCGGAAAGAUGAGCAAGGGAGAUUCCUUUGGCCUGGCUUCGGUGAGAACGCUCGGGUGCUGGAAUGGAUGUUUAACCGCAUCCAGGGAGAAGACUGCGCACAGCUGACAGCCAUUGGCUAUGUCCCCAACGACACAGGAUUGAAUUUGAAAGGCUUGGAAAGGGUCAGCCUCCAGAAACUGUGUGACAUUUCCAAGGAGUUUUGGGAAAAGGAGGUAGAAGAAAUCAAGAAAUAUUUUGCAGAGCAAGUGAAUGCCGAUCUCCCGUAUGAGAUGGAAAGAGAAGUUAUUGCAUUAGAGCAGAGAAUUAAGCAACUGUAACCUUAACUGGACACCGUAGAUGGUACUUUGGAAAGAAAUGUCCAGCUUUUCUAGACACUAGGCCUAGAAGUGCAGUAAAAUAGUAGCAAUCACAGUUAUGGCCAGAAGUAUCACUUGUGCAGUUUGAUUGGAGAAGACCUCUUCAGGUCAUUGAAAUAGUUGAAGCUGCUUAAUUACCUGAAAAGCAUUUGAAGCAAUGAUUGUAGAGCUGAUCAAGCCUUAUUGCUUCAUAAAAUAAAUGAAAUAAUCAGAGCUAUUGCUUGAUAAGCUAAUCUGCUUCCACUGCUAAGUGUUGCACUCACACGUCAAGUAAGCUAUUCCAGAAUAGCUGUGGUUGUCCUAUAACUCUUCCCUGUGUGAAUUCCUCUCAUCCUCUGUCACUAUUCAUUGUAGGAUGUAGAGUUUCUGUACUUCAGUAAGCAGGAGGCGAAAGUCUAAAAGCCACUCAGCCCAGCAGCUGUCGUUCAAAUUUGCAACAGCACUAAGGUGGUGAUAAUGAUAUAAUCCAUAAUAUAAUGAUGAUAUCUUCACUCACUUACUUGUCUUCUGGUACCAUAUUAAAGUGACCUUGAAGAGAGCCAACUGUUCCUCGUCAUAAUGACAUUCUUUGUUGUAUAUGUAGUUAAUAAUACUGAAUAAAGACUUGUAGACGACUGCAUUGUUGGAGCAACAGAUGAGGGACCAUCAGAAGAAAUAAUUAGCAACUAGGGUAUUUUGAAAAAAUAAAUACAUUCAAGAAAUUACUGCUCCAUUGUGUCACACAGAAAAGCUGUUUGUAUGCAAAAUAAUAUUUUCUAUGUGCCUUCAGUUUUGUAUUGUAAUUCUGUCCUGUAUAGAGGAUCCUGUUAUAACUCCAGAAUAAUAAUAAAAAAUAA